AUGAAAGCAUACUAUUACAACGAAGAUCCAAGCGAUCAGCGCGAAGACCAUGACUCUGGGCGCGCUGUAAGCACAGACUACCUCUCUCACCUCGGCGUCCUCUACCACCACUGCCCUUCGGUAUCUACAGUUGACAAGAUUGCCUCCGAGCGGUCUUACAAGAACAGAGAUGAGAUCAUUGUAUCGCCAGAGAAGAUGGGUCCGGUAUACGAGGAAAAAGUAAAGAUGUUUUUCAACGAGCACCUCCACGAGGAUGAAGAGAUCCGAUACAUACUCGACGGCAAUGGCUUUUUCGACGUGAGGAGCCACAGCGAUGAAUGGGUCAGAAUUGGGCUGGAAAAGGAUGACCUGAUCAUUCUACCAUCGGGCAUCUUCCAUCGCUUUACCACGGAUAACAAGAACUACAUCAAAGCCAUGCGACUGUUCAAGGACGAGCCGAAAUGGACACCUCUCAACCGCGCCCCAGAGCUAGAGAAGAACCCACACCGAAAGAGUUACCUGCAGGAUAAGAGCGCAAAGGCUGGGAUGAUGACUUGA